GCGGAGGCGAAUGUUGGGCCCCACUUGAUGGCGGCAAAUUUGGCGUUGAAUGAACCUCACCCCCAGCCGCACCCUGUUGCCCCCAUCGCCACAUGGAGGAUGGGAGGGCAUGGGAGAAUAGUAGGCGCAGUAGGAGAUCGGGUGAACUGUUUGCGUGGCCCAUUGCAAGCGUAAAGAUGCACCCGUGCCGACAUGGAAGGGUAAUUGUGUUGAUUGAAGAUAUCUAUGUACAUACAUAGUCAUCGCAGAUGCCUCUGUAGAUUGCUGUGAAUGGAAAUGGUCUGGAUAGCCGGCCCCCAAGUCUCAGUCACCAUUCAUUUGAGUUUAAUUGGCUUUCCAGUUCAUAUGUAUUACGUAUUAAGCAAGUGGAAACCUAGCGAGAAGAAGGGUAUACGAAGGUCAAUAAGUAGAGGAUCGGAACCUUAUACAAAAACUUCCUAGAUGAUGGAAUAAAACAGUGGUGGGUGGCAUACUUUCUGGAUUUGGGAGCAGUCCAACAACAAGAGAAAACCCUUAAAAUCGACACUCUAGUUGAGCAUCAAUUCGCCGCGUCAUGCACACGACGUGUGAAUUGUUAUUGUUUUUGCGUUGGAAACAGUUGAGAGCAAGGACGUAUAAACGAAAAUUUCCACAAUAUUUAAGGAUAUUUCAACCAACUAAUAAUAGAUUUACUCUCAAGUUCCGCUACUCUGGGUGAUCUCACGCAAAAGUGCCUCUUACCUUCCUUUGGAAGAUGGAAAGCUGCUCUUCUUGUGGUAUGAUCUGCUGGAAAGACUAUUCCAAUUGACCAUUUGAUCAGAUACCAUGUGUCAAUAGAUGAUUUCUCAAAUAUUCAGGGUCUUACAGUAACAUUUGCUCCUUACUGACUGGGGAACGGUUAAAUUCCCAUGGGAAAUUUCCCUUUUGAAGCCCCUCUUGGGCUUUCUUUUCCCCGCCCCGUGCAGAGUGAGUGCCUGCUCUCCAGCCCUGGUCCGGGGCAUUGAAUCAACAUAUUUGUGGUGGGUAAAUUUCGCAUUUGAUUUUAAUACACUUAAACGCAAUCAAUUUUAUUGCUCUCGUUGCGGUUGCCUGUCGAAUCGAAUUCGAUUUGAUUUGCUUUUGAAUGUGGGAUGUGGAUGCGGGAUGGCUAUGCUGAUGCCAAUGGGGAUGUGGAUUCGAUUUGGGUAUGGAUUUAGCCUUCUGCGCCAUUCGCAAGGUCCCUGCCCCACCUGAGGCCGCGACCAUCUUUCCUCCUCCACAUACGAAAGAAAAAAAAUCAACAAAUUAUAUGAAAGAAAAAAGAAAAUCUUGUUUACAACCAAAAUGCGAGUGUGGAAUGUUACGAAAAUGCCGUUGCCGUUGCCGUUGCCGUUGCCGCUGCCGUUGCGUUCCAUAUGCACAUGAUCUAGGCGAUCCAUAUAGCGAUGUCUGAAGAAGACCUGAACGAACACUCGGAACGCAGAUCCGCGACUUAUGUGUUAACAUAAAACAGAUGACGAACGGCAGCUGCGACUGCCAAUUUCGCUUCAAAACUUUGAGUGGAGGAGGAAGGCGAAGCGAAGCGAAGUGGAGGCUUCUGCUUGCUGUUUUCUAUCGCACUACGAUUACUGCCACCUCUCCCCCCUCCCCUCCCCCUCCGCCGUCGGGACAGCUCUGACAUCAUCAACACAUGGUAAUGGGAGGCGCAGAUUGUAUAAUCUUCAUAGUCCAGAUAUGCUUAAAUUAUUGUCCAGCAUCGUUAUCGAGACACCGGCUCCGUCCGGCCGGCUCUCUACAGCUUAGUGCAGUUUUCCGACUACAGCGGAGGCGAGACCUACAGAUCGCAAUGGGCCAACGGUCGCUGAUCUGCCUGCCGCUGCUGCUGCUGCUGGGGCUGCUGGGGCUGCUGGGGCCGCUGGGGGUGCUGCAAUCCGGAGCACUGGCCAUACCCACGCCCACCCCCCCACUGAGAGCCCCCCAAUCGCUGGCACUGCUUCGGGCCCGUGACCAGUGCAGUGCGCACCUGAGUCACGCCCAGCGAAUGCGCAUGGAUCGGAUGCAGUAUGAGAAUGUGCCGCAUGUGCAGCGAUACAUCCACUGUUUCUGGUCACGCCUGCAGCUGUGGCACGACGGCACCGGCUUCGAUGCCCUCCGCAUCGUCCACAGUUUUGGAGGACCGCGGCGUCUGAAUGUGGAGCAGGCACUCCCUGCCAUCAAUGGGUGCAAUGCGAAGGCGCGAAGAGUGUCGCAUGGAGUCUCGGACUGGUGCUACAGAGCCUUCGCCUGUGUGUUGAAGACACCGGUGGGCGAUUGGUAUCGCCGGCACAUGGCCGAUGUCAUCAACGGAAAUGCCUAGGAGACGUCCACAUCGGAUCGG